AGACGUGGCGGCGUUGGGUUCGCUCGUGCGCGGCAGCCGCCCCCAGCCGUCCCGCCCCAGGAGCCCCUGACAGGCCGGGGGUAGGGAGACGUGUGCGAGCGCCAGCGGCCCGGCCUCGCUCGUCCGCCCCUCCCCGCCCCGGGCUGGGAGGUGAUGUCGUUAUGCGGAGGCUCCGGCCACUCCGCUGCCCCUCGGCCCCGGCCCCGUGUUGCCCAGAUGUCCCGGAGACCCGAGCUGCUGUGCGGAGCUGCUAUCGUGCUGGGCUGCGCCCUCCUGGUCACCCUCAAAGUCACCUGCAGCCGAGCAAAAGAUGUAACAAUGGCAGCGAAGGUUCCAGUUAAUUUCUUCUCCUCAAAAUCUCCAGUCCUUGAUCUUUUUCGGGGGCAACUGGACUAUGCAGAUUACAUUCGCCAAGAUUCUGAAGUUGUACUAUAUUUUUUCUAUGCCCCAUGGUGUGGACAGUCCAUUGCAGCAAGGGAAGAAAUUGAACAAGUGGCAAGCAGGUUGGCAGAUCAGGUGCUGUUUGUGGCAGUUAACUGCUGGUGGAACCAGGGGAAAUGCAGGAAACAGAAACAUUUCUUUUAUUUUCCUGUGAUAUAUUUGUACCAUCGGAGUUUUGGACCAAUUGAAUACAAAGGCCCUAUGAGUGCUGUUUAUAUUGAAAAGUUUGUUCGCCGGGUGAUGACACCACUACUCUACAUCUCGUCUCGAUCAAAAUUACUAGAUUUCCUCUCAAAUUAUGAGCCUGGAGUUCUAGGAUAUUUUGAGUUCAAUGCUUCACCUCAGCCUCCUGGUUAUUUGACGUUCUUCACAUCAGCAUUACAUUCAUUAAAGAAAGAUUACCUUGGAACAAUACACUUUGGAGUGAUCACGGAUAAACAAAUUGCAAAGGAGAUCUUGUUGACGCGCUCGGGAAGUCUGUACCUUCAUAGACAUGUCAACACUUCGCUUAUCUAUCCAAGUGAAGUCAUGAACUACACAGCUGAGAAUAUUUGCAAGUGGGCUCUUGAAAACCGAGAGACAUUUAUACGUUGGUUGAGACCACAUGGAGGAAAAAGCCUUCUACUAAACAAUGAACUGAAGAAGGGACCAGCACUUUUCUUAUUUAUACCCUUCAAUCCCUUAGCCGAAAGUCAUCCUCUUUUAGAUGAAAUUACCAAAGUGGCCUUGGAAUACAACAACUGUAAUAAAAGCCAGGCAGCUGAACCUGUUCUUCAGCACUUGAGAGAUGCAAAUUCACCAGAUUUUGAGUCCAUUGUACCACAUGCGCGUACACAAGUUGCAGACACUUACUCCAUAACAAAGUACCCAUGCUGCAACACGGUGGUGCUCCCUCAGUGGCACUCGAUCUCUAGGACUCACAAUGUCUGUGAGCUUUGUGUCAACCAGACCGUUGGGGUCAAACCAAGUAAAGUCAAUGUACCACAGUGUAACUUUUUAGAGAUAGAAGCAGCUUUGGACUCUUUCUACCUCAAGGAACAUACCUUUUUCCAAUUUAUAUCAAAUACCAUAGAAUGCAGCAAUUUCCUAAGUUUCUAUAGUCCUUUUAGCUACUACACUGCAUGUUGCAGGACAGUAAAUAGGGGUCUGAUAAAUUUAAUUAGUUCUGAAAAGACCAUAUUUCAGACCCCUAAAGUAGCAUUUUCUUCCCAUGGGAAGAAAGGUAAGGAUGAUAUCCAACAUUCUAGUCCUCACAUUGAGGAUAGGAAUGGUUUUACUCCUGACCUUUGCGUUAAUGGCACUCACAUUACUGGCCUGAGCUGCAGAACCAACAAGACCUUGAAUCUCUAUCUACUGGAUUCAAAUUUGUUUUGGAUGUAUGCAGAGAGACUUGGAGCAUCAAGAUCUACUCAUGUGAAGGAAUUUGCUGCCAUUGUUGAUCUGAAGGAAGAGGCACACUAUAUCUUGGAUCAGAAUCAAACACUUAUAAAAUCUACUCUAGAGAACUUCAUUCAAAACUUCAGCAUUCUCUACAGUCCCUUGAAAAGGCAUCUUGUUGGUGACUCUUCAGUUCAUCUUCCUGCACAGCACAUAAUCACCGAAGUGACUACUACCACCUUUCGUGAUGUGGUGGUUUUGAGUGAAAAGGAUGUCUUGCUGCUCUAUUAUGCGCAAUGGUGUGGAUUCUGUGCUUCUCUUAAUCACAUCUUUAUCCAACUAGCGCGACUUCUGCCUCCAAACAACUUCACUGUGGCGAGAAUUGAUGUCACUCGAAAUGACCUUCCAUGGGAAUUUAUGACGGAUCAUCUCCCAACCAUUUUGUUUUUUCCUUAUAACAGGAAGGACAAAAGUGUGAAGUUUCCUGAAGAUUUUUCAGUUACUCUUCCUAAUCUGCUUAAGUUCAUUUUACAUUACUCAAGUCUACCUUCAGCUGCACCUGACUCAGAGCCCUGCACCAAAGAAUGUCCACAGAAAGAGAGAGUGUUACAGCAAGAGCAUCUCUCCCAUUUAAGGAGUGAGAUUCAGAAAUUGAGAUCUGAAGUCAGUGCACUACACCAGGCUCAAGAUCAGCUGGAAGCCCAACUUUCUAAAGCCAGAAAAGAAGAACAUCAGCUACAGCAGCAGAAGCAUACACUGGAAAAGCAGCACAGUAUCCUCCGGCUCCACAGUGAACAGUUACAGGCACUCUAUGAACAGAAGAACAGGGAAUUAGAAGAAAUGGCUGAGAAGCUUCAAGAAUUAGCAGAUGCAUCAGAAAACCUCCUUACAGAGAAUGCUUUACUAAAAGUCCUGCUAGCAGCAAUGGAGGGGAAGCUGGAGAACAAAGAUGAAACCAAGAAAUCCAUUCAGUCAGAGGAGACUCGUUCCACCUACAAUACUGGGCCAGUUCUAACUGCUAUAGAGAGAUUACAUGAAAGAGAAAGGCUUGAUGUUUCUGAUGUUGAUACCACAGUGACUGAGCAUAAAGAAAACAGGACAGAAUAAUUACUUAUGUUAUUGGGGGGGGAGAAAAAUCAGGAAUGACACUGUAUUGGGAAGAUAUUUAUGCAAAUUUUAUUUGUUGUAAAUAAAAUAUUUUCCAAUUGUCUAGAAAAAAAAAA